GGACUCCCUGCCCUCUUUAGCUCCUUGCCUCUGGAUGCCCUUGGAGGUUUUGGCGAGAAAUGAGCCCUUAAUGCCUCGUUACACUCCUCGUACGUUUCAUCCAUGGGCUUUGCUGGCAGCAGUAACGUACAUAAGGUGUGAUAAUCCUCUUUUCCUAAGCCUAAUAUGAACCAUGCUCUCUUCUUCUCCUCUGCGGGAGAGGAGGAUGGAUGUGGCCCUUGUGGCUAAAGGGAUCAGGGGGUAUGGAGAGAAGGCAGGUGCGGGAUACUGAGUUGGAUGAUCAGCCAUGAUCAUAUCGAAUGGCGGUGCAGGCUCGAAGGGCCGAAUGGCCUCCUCCUGCACCUAUUUUCUAUGUUUUUAUGUUUCUAUGUUUUUAUGCAGUGAUAUCAUUGGAAAUGAAAGAAGCCUCCAAGACUUCAGUCCAUUUCUCAAAAUUACACCCAGAAACUAACUGGGGCAACUUUCCUACAAUUUGAAUAGCCACGCUACCUGUUGCUAUUCAGGUGCACUAUUCUGUUCUCUCACUGUGUUUUCAGCCCUGUACUUAAUCCUUUUACAUUCUAAGAAAUGAUCCAGCCCUCUGACUAUUACUAAUUCAUCUAAUAAUAGAUUUAUACUAAUAAACCAAAAUCUCAUGUUAAUAGCCAACUAAAACAUUUUAAACCAUAUUCCUGCUAUGCACACAGAUUUACUAUUAAUAACAGUGAACAAUGCAUUACAUUCAAACUGUGAAGUCUGGCUUGUCGGCCUAUGGGCUCUGGUGCCUCCUCGACCGCUCGGGCUGUCCCCACCGUUACUGUUGCUGCUGACCUCUCCGGACCUCCGCUGCUGCAGCUGACUCCUCCGGGCCUCACCGGGCUGCCGCUAGCUUCGCUGCUGUUCUCGCUGUCGCCGGCCCCAGCUACUCUGCCAACUUGCUUGCCUGCUCUCACCACGGUGGCUUCCCUCUGCUGCUCCGCUACUCCGCUCGUUUCAGCUGCUGGCCCCCACUGCUCCACCCUUCGGGACUGUGGCCCGCCAGCAGGGGCCGGGUAAGUGCUGUGUCCCCGCUUCUCUCGUGCGGACAGACUCUUCGCUUGGCCUGUCUGCUUCUCUCGCGCGACCGGACCCUCUUUCCUCGAGGCCGGACUUUCUGUCACGUCCGGGCUUUCUCCGCUCCUGGCCGUCUCCGGCGACCGGGCUGGAGACUCGGUUUUCGUGGGUGGCUUUACCGGACCAGUCCGUGGCGUACACGGUACUAGGCCCUCACCUGACGUCGGUAGCGGCUACUGGGGCUGGCCGUGGGCUACAUGGUCCUGGAAGUCACCCGAAGUUGGUGACGGCUGCACAGCCCUAGAAAACUUUCCCAGUAAGAUGACACCAUAGCUUCUAGCUUCCAACUGCGUUCUUCGGUGACACUUAUUGCCCCGCUUGUCUUCCUUGCGCUCUUGCUUCCCGUUACAUUCUUUCUUUUCUUUGCUUUGGCGCCAAUUCAAAACCAUUUGCCGCCAAAUCUUUUUGCUUGGCGCUAUUAGAUUUUGUUUCCAAUUACAACUGCUUUUUUAACCUUUUUCUUUCUUUAUUUUAUUUUCUAUUUUUUCAUCCUCGUCGCCAAUCGUUGUGUAUUUGGGUGCUUGGAACGGACUUAAAAUAACACUCGGACACGGGAGUUAAUUAACAAGCUUUUUUAUUCCAGGACGCCACCUUGAGCCUCCCGUGUGCAUGCGUCCCUUGCACAAGACAUCACAUAUGCUAAUUAUAUGUCAUACCUAACACUGCCCCUGGCCCUGGGUACCAGAGCCAGGAGAAACCUCCUCCCUGUGUCCAGUCUAUCAAGCCUGGUAGAAUUUCACAAGUUUCUGCAAGAUCGCUCAGUCUUUUGAACACCAAGAAUAGAGGGCAGCUUUACUCUAUUUCUCUUCAUGUGACAAACCCGUGUAAACCUGAAACUUGGACUCUGUAUCUCUCUCCAUAGAUGCUGCCUGAACCGCUGAGCACUUCCUGGAUUCUCUGAUUUUACCCCAGGAAACUGUCUGGAGAAUCAUCAAUGCACUCCUUCUAUAGAAAGUGCACAUUUCAUUAGGUACCCACGGUGAUCACACACUGACUGUACUUGAAACACACGGUGCCAAGGACAACAACAGGAUCGUCAGUCAGAGCCAAAGAGGUGACCAGCCCCGUGAUCCCAGGAUAGGAACUCCAGCACCCCAACACACCUGAGCUCUGUGAAAUAUCCCGGGACAGGAGGCCGGACAACUGGAUAAAUCCUGGGCGUAAAUCCUGAAACGUACAACUGGUGAAGAUUCACCCAACUGCAAUAUACAAGACAGGAGCACUGACAUCCUGGGAAUUCCAGGAUAAGAACCACCUCUCUGGGAAAGAGCAUACAGAUCCCAGGAAGUACAUUCACCCAGUGAGAGAGAAUGGCGAGUGUUUCAUCAACUGUAAAUAGCUGGUCUGAAAACCUGAACCCUCCACAACUUGUGAGGGAUUUGGGUUUACAGGAUCAUUAUCCUCACAAACUGUCACUGACGUCCAUGCGGGAGGUAUCCUGGGGUAAACUGGACGACAACAAACCAACUCGACCAGAAGAUCUUCCUUGGCGAUUUCUCCAAAGGAUCCUCUCAGCUAAUUCACUGGCGAGGAAUCCUGAAUGGCCCCCUGCUCAGUACACAGACGGUUACAACAGUAAUGAUGAAGACUUCAGUGAUUUCUUUGAAGUGAAAGAGCCAGGAGAUUCGGGGAUUAACCCUCUGGAUAUCAUUGCUGCCAUUUUCCUCUGUGCCGACCAUUCUCUCCAGCAGGAACUGAUGCUGAAGAUGUCUCUGUGCCAACUUGCAUUACCCUUUCUGCUGCCGGAAGGGCACGGUUACCCCAGGGACAAGGUGAGGGGACCCAUGGAAGGGCCUGGUGCCACCCUUCUCCUCUGGGCCAUGAGGCCCAUUGUUAAAAUGUGGUGCCCACAAUCUCCCACAGGGAACAGCCGCGUUGUGGAGAUGCCCAUCGUGACAGCAACCGUGCCAACUGUCUCCUUCCUCAGACUCGGAAGGUGCACGGUGUCCAAAUCCAAACUCCUCAAUCUCACCUUGAGCCAGACCCAGCUGCAGCAGAACAUCUUCCUGCACUCCGGGAUGGAAUGUGGGAAUGUGCCCCGUGGGAUAUCGGAUGGGAUGGCUGAGAUCAGCUGGUAUCUACCUUCUGGGAAGAGCAACACAGACAUUUUCCCGGAGGCUGCUGCAUUCAUCAACCUCCGAGGUGAUGCUGAAACUUACCAGGGACACACUCGGUUUCUGGCAAAAGUCUCUGCUGCUCUCUUUAUUUUCAUUGACAUUAUCGGUGAGAAGGAAAGAGAAUUCCUCACCUCUCUCGCACAGUCACCGGCAAAACUCUUUCUGAUAGUGAACACUCACAUCAAUGAGCAACACAUCACCCCUGAACAGGUAAAGAAACUGUUCAAAGAUCUGAAGUUACAACCUCAACAAUGCAUUGUUCGGACACAUGUAAACGAGGCCGAACUUUUGGAAGAACUUUGUUCUCAGGUAAAACUAGUAAUUCUAAUGAGUGACAGGGACCAGAGCUUCCUGAGUCUGGAACAAAUGGGUGACAUUGCGAGAGAAAGUGGGAUUCACGUCGAUGAUCAUCAUCCUGAAAUACAACGGGCCAAGGACCUGACAUCCAAACCACAGAGAGAGGCCGACCAUGGAGACAGUUGGGGAUCAGAGCAUCCAUCUCACCAGCAUUCACCAGGUCUCCCACAGGGAAUGAUUGGUGUUCCACAAGCUGGAAAUAACCAGGAUGAAAAUCGGAGCCCCCUACAACUUGUGAGGGAUUUAGGUUUACAGGAUCAUUAUCCUCACAAACUGUCACUGACGUCCAUGCGGGAGAUAUCCUGGGGUAAACUGGACGACAACAAACCAACUCGACCAGAAGAUCUUCCUUGGCGAUUUCUCCAAAGGAUCCUCACAGCUAAUUCACUGGCGAGGAAUCCUGAAUGGCCCGCUGCUCAAUCUUCAAAAGACAACAAAGAUGACGUAGAAGAUUUCAGCCAUUUCUUUCAAGCACAAAGGCCAGGAGAUUCUGGGAUUAACCCUCUGGAUAUCAUUGCUGCCAUUUUCCUCUGUGCCGACCACUCUCUCCAGCAGGAACUGAUGCUGAAGAUGUCUCUGUGCCAACUUGCAUUACCCUUUCUGCUGCCGGAAGGGCACAGUUACCCCAGGGACAAGGUGAGGGGACCCAUGGAAGGGCCUGGUGCCACCCUUCUCCUCUGGGCCAUGAGGCCCAUUGUUAAAAUAUGGUGCCCACAAUCUCCCACAGCGAACAGCCCCGUUGUGGAGAUGCCCAUCGUGACAGCAACCGUGCCAACUGUCUCCUUCCUCAGACUCGGAAGGUGCACGGUGUCCAAAUCCAAAGUCCUCAAUCUCACCUUGAGCCAGACCCAGCUGCAACAGAACAUCUUCCUGCACUCCGGGAUGGAAUGUGGGAAUGUGCCCCGUGGGAUAUCGGAUGGGAUGGCUGAGAUCAGUUGGUAUCUACCUUCUGAGAAGAGCAACACGGACAUUUUCCCGGAGGCGACUGCAUUCAUCAACCUCCGAGGUGAUGCUGAAACUUACCAGGGACACACUCGGUUUCUGGCAAAAGUCUCUGCUGCUCUCUUUAUUUUCAUUGACGUUAUCGGUGAGAAGGAAAGAGAAUUCCUCACCUCUCUCGCACAGUCACCGGCAAAACUCUUUCUGAUAGUGAACACUUACAUCAGUCAGCAACACAUCACCCCUGAGCAGGUAAAGAAACUGUUCAAUGAUCUGAAGUUACAACCUCAACAAUGCAUUGUUCGGACAAAUAUAAACGAGGACAAAUUUGUGGAAAAACUUCGUUCUCAGAUACAACAAGUGAUUCUAAUGAGUGACAGGGACCAGAUCUUCCUGAGUCUGGAACAAAUGGGUGACAUUGCGAGAGAAAGUGGGAUUCAGGUCGAUGAACAUCAGCCUGAAAUACAACGGGCCAAGGACCUAACCAAAAUACUGGGCAGUCUUGACCCUGCAGACAUCACUGGGUAUAAAAAGAGAGUGCUGCCCUUUCAUGGAGAGCCCUGGAAAGGACUGUCUAAAGUUGAGAAAGAGAAGUCUCGGAUGAAACUCCGUGGGGACAGAACCACAGAGAAGUAUAACCACAAGCUGGACCAAGACAAGAAAAGAAUCCGGGAAGCUCAGCUCAGACAGAGCCUGUCGGAGGAGAUGCAGAUAUUCAUUGACCAUCUCACCUGUCCUGGUGGGGAUGACAGGGCCAUUUUCUUGCAGUGGCUGAAGCUGAUGCUGGACAGUAAAUCAAGGGAAAUCAUGGCAAGAUUGCGCAGGGAUUAUAAAGAACUGAGCAAAGACUCAAAGCAGAAGGUCAAGGAGCUGAAUGACAUGGAUCAGAAGAUGACUGAUAGUUCCCUGGGACUUGAGCACUUCAUGAGGGAACUGGGCCAGGUUUAUGAACUCUCAGUGACACAACACAACAUCAAGCAACAAACACAGAUCCACCCACAUGUGCUUCAGUUACCGGGUGUUGCUGCUGAACUGUUGCUGGAUGGGUUCCCACUGGAGCUCAUUGAUGGAGACGUCUCCAACGUUCCUGUUUCAUGGAUCACUGCUGUACUGGAAGCAGUGGCCGAGAAGGUGGGACGUGCUUCCAGAGUGUUUGUGCUGACAGUGAUUGGAGUUCAGAGCACAGGCAAGUCCACGCUCCUCAAUACAAUGUUCUGUUUGCGGUUUGCUGUGAGCAGCGGCCGAUGUACUCGAGGGGCCUACAUGCAGCUGAUGAAGGUCACAGGGAGCCUGGCGGAGGAGCUGGGCUGUGACUUCAUCCUGGUCAUUGACACGGAGGGGCUGAGAGCUCCAGAACUUGCAACACUAACAGACAGCUACGAACACGACAAUGAGCUGGCAACAUUCGUGGUGGGAUUAAGCAACAUAACGUUGGUAAACAUAGGCAUGGAAAACAUCGCAGAGAUGAAAGAUAUUUUACAGAUUGUUGUUCAUUCCUUACUCCGCAUGAAACUGACGGGGAAAAGACCAAAGUGUAUAUUUGUCCACCAGAAUGUUGGAGAUGUGAGUGCACAUGAUCACAAUCUGAGAGGCCGUCAGAAACUACUGGAACAGCUGGAUAAGAUGACAGAGGCUGCAGCAAAACUGGAGAAGGUGGAGGGAGUUACGUUCCGUGAUGUGAUGGACUAUGAUGCUGACAAGGACAACUGGUACAUCCCUGGUCUGUGGCAAGGUACACCCCCAAUGGCUGCCGUCAACACUGGCUACACUGAACACGUCUUCCAACUGAAGAAGAGUCUCAUUCAAUGUUUACUCAAAUGGAAACUAGACCAAGGAGCUUUCACAAUCCCAGACUUUACCAAAUGGAUGACUGGCCUUUGGGAGCAGGUGAAACAUGAGAAUUUCAUUUUCAGCUUCCAGAACAGUCUAGUCGCAGAGGCUUACAACCUGCUCUCUGUGAAGUACAAGGACUGGGAGUGGGAGCUCCGCAAAUUCACACACUCCUGGGGAAACGAGGCUGAAAACAGAGUAAACAAUGCCAGUGGUGACCUCAACCUACUGCUCCAAACACUGGAACGUGAGAUCAGGACGGAGAUUAACAAAAGGGAGGGUGAGACUCUGGAUAAACUAAAAGCUCUGUUUGAAAGUGGGGCUGAUAACGUGCAGCUGAUGGAGAAAUACAGGGAGGAAUUCAAGCUCAGUAUCUCCAGUUUAUGCAGACGGCUUCAGGAUGAUUCAAUGCAGAGAUGUAGGGAUGCCGUGAACAGACGUGUGGGACUGCAGGAAGUGGAUGCUAGUUGGAAUAAAUCUCACAAGAAGAUCGAACAACAGGUCAAGGAGCUUUUAUUAAAGUGUAAAGGGGCAAAUCAGGUGUUGGGUGACAAGGAACUGCAAACUGCCUUUGGAAAGAUGUGGCAAGACACACUGUCACAGCUGGACUAUCAACCCUGUAGAGAAAGAAACAUCGAACUGGAGAUUGAAAAUCUUCUCAGAGAGAACACAGCAACUCAAGGGAGGGUGAUUAAUGAAAUGCUACAAAGAAAACCUCUCUGUAAACAGGGAACUCAGUGCUUUCAAAUUGAAGGGAAACACAUCAACACGACAUGGGUGAGACGUGUUAAAACAGUCAGUAUGUCCGCCAACCAAUCAGAUGUUAUUCAGGCAGCAAUGAUAACACAGUCCCUAGAGGAUGAAUGCCAUCAAUGGAUCAGUGACAUCACAAAAAUGGACAUGGAUUAUGACAAUAGAUAUUGUAUUGAACUUUUGAAUAUUAUACAGGAGAAAAUUAACAAUAUUUCACACCCAAACUUCACAAUGAGUGAGGAAUUCAGGGCUGAGUUUAAACUUCACCUGUGUGGUUACGCUGUACCAAGAUUCCAAGAGAUGCAGACGAGGUUCAUCCAGAAACACGACCCGCGGCAAAGACUGGAAAACAUGAAGGGUCAAUACUUUGAUCUCUUCAUUGAUAUUUACACAGAGCAGGAUGCGAACCAGAGACUAGCCGAACUGUUUGCACAAUCUUGUUUCUUGCCAGCUCUCAGAGACGCCACCCUCAAGUCUCUCAGUGUGAACAUAGUGGAUGAUAUGAAACAAAAUGACCCUGAGAGCAAGUACAGUCUCCACAACAACUUCACUGUGGCCCUCCUGGUGCACUUGAAACAAAGGGGUACAUUUGAUGACUAUCACCGGUAUAUCACUGACCUUGAGAAUUUGGCCAAAGACUGGCUCCAUCACCAGGUUAUUGAACACUGCAAGACACAACGUGAUGGAGAGAGCACGUUUACCCGUCUGGCUAAAGGAAUCCUCACACAGAUCACUGGGAAAGCUAAAGAGAUUGUUGAGGAUGCAGUGAUGCAGAACUUUGCUGGAAAUGUUCAGAGCUUCCUGGACAUGUUUGUUGAAAAGUUAAAGGACAGGAUCUCAAUGCCCAAAGAUGAAAUGAAACUCGUUCUGUUUCACAGUGACGGUGAUGGCAAGAAAUGGGCAGAAGCAGUUCUGCCAUCUAUUGAAGAGGUGGAGCAGAGACUCCUCAGUGAGGUAACAAGCUGGGAUGUCCAAGCAAAGAUUGAAGAAUUAUCCAUUAAACCCAGGGAUGAGUUGUUCAAAGGGUUAUUCAAUUGUACCAAGAAAUGUCCUUUCUGUGGGGUUUUCUGUGAUUCAGAGACCCCGGUACACUCACAGCACUCUUGUAAGCAGCACAGACCUGAAGGACUCAAUGGCAAUCGAUGGAUAGACAGUGAAUGUCUUGUAACUGACGUCUCCACAGCUUCAGUCACAGGUAAAGGAUCAUUCACAAAUCAACGGUUAAAGAGUCAACGUCUUGUAACUGACGUCUGCACAGCUUUAGUCGCAGGUAAUGGAUCCUUUAAAAAUAACGACACAAAUGGGGAAUACAAACCCUACAAGGAUUACCAAACUGUCAAUGAUUACUACAAAUCCUGGACCAUCCAGCGGGAAAUUUCCACACAGGCAGCAUCCUAUUGGAAGAAGGUUUUCUACACUUACAAUAAGCAGUUUGCUAAAGAAUAUGGAGUAAAACCUGCAGAGAUCGAUGAAGCCUGGAACAUUGACUGGGAUGUAGUGAGGGGAGAUCUGAAUAAGACGUAUAACACAAACAUUCAGUCUUGGUGAGGUGCCUUUACAUGACAUCACUCAGUUAGAGGUAUAAAUAGUCUACUUCCCUAUAAAGGAAAUGGCAGAGAAAAUCACACAACAUUAAAAUUCUAAUCUGAUUAUAAAUCAUAAAACAAUUAGCAGAGCAGAGAGUUUCAACCAAUUGCUUAUUAAAAUUGCUUUUGCAGAAGUACCCAAAAUGUUUGAGGGCAAAGCUGUAGACCUUGUCUGUAUGGACGUCAGGAAACCUUUCAUAAGAUUCCGCAUAGUGGCUGCUCAAGAAGGUUAGAUCGCAUGGAUCCAGGGAGGGCCAGCUGACUGGACAGAGAAUUGGCUUCAUGGAAGGAAGCAGAGGUGGUGGUGGAAGGUUGUAUUAUGGACCGGAGGCCUGUGACUAGUGGUGUGCCCCAGAGAUCUGUGCUGUUUGUGCUUUAUAAGAACAUAGAACAGGACAACACAGGAACGGGCCCUUCAGCCCACAAUGUUUAUGCCAAACAUGGAACCUAGCUACACUGAUUUCAUCUGAAUAAAACUUAGCACAGGCAUAAUUCAGUUUAAAAAUAUGUACAAAAACACUUGUUUAAAAGGAUAUUGGGACGAGGAUAGGUGAUUGUGAGUGGAAUAUUUGUUAUGCUGAUUGUAUUGGGAAGGGUGAUUAUAGGGUGAUGGGUUGUAAAUAUGACUAAGAUACUGUAUAGUUUAUUAGGAUUUUUUUCUUUUCUUUUUCUUUUUUUCUUUUUUGUAUGGCUUUGUAAAUAUUUGAUUAGUGUUCAAAUGUAAAUAAUUUGGUGUACAUAUAGUGGCUGGUGUACAUAUGUACAUAUAGCUGCUAAAUGUGUAUGAGAUAAUUACAAGCAGUUGAAUAAGGGGUGGGAAUUAAUAAGCUUUGGCUUCUUCCUGCUCCUUUUCGGACACAUGAUUUCAUUUAUUUAUAGAUAUUGUUUAUGACACUUUAUAAACAGUUUUGUUUUGUUUUUGUAUGCUGUUUCACACUUGCUUUUUAUUCUUUUAUUCUGUCCGAAAUUUCCACCCCGGGAAUAUAAUUGUGAUUGUCUUGUGAUUGCCUCUCAUAAUUUUAUAUACUUCCCUUCAACCUCCAACAUUGCAGAGAAAACAAUUGUAUAUUAAUGAUUUGGAUAAGGGGAUUGAAGGCUUAGUGGCCAAGUUUGCAAAUGAUGCUAAGAUAGGUGGAGCCCAGCAGUGUAGAGGAAGCAAGGACUCUGGAGAAAGACUUGGACAUGUUGGGAGAGUGGGCACAGAAGUGGCAGUUGGAAUAUAGUGUAGCAAAGUGCGGAGUCAUGCAUUUUGGUAAUAAGAAUAAGGCGUAGAUAAUUUUUUUAAUGAAGAGAGAAUCCAGAAAUUGGAGAUGUAAAGGGACUUGGAAGUGCUGGUGCAGGAUUCCCAUAAAGUUAAAUUGCAUUAAUGAAGGAAAAUCCAAUGCUGGCAUUUAUAUCAAGAGGACUGGAAUACAAAAACAGAGGUAUAAUGCUGUGCUCUAUACAUGCUAGUCAGGCCGCAUUUGGACAACUGUGAGAAAAUGUGUCCCCAUAUCUGAGGAAGGAUGUGCUGGCUCUGGAGAGGGUCCAGAGGAGGUUUACAAGAUUGAUCUCAGGAAUGAGAGGGUUAGCAUAUGAUUAGCGUUUGACGGCACUGGGCCUCUACUCGCUGGAGUUUUGAAGGUUGAGGGCGGGGGACAUUGAAACUUACAGAAUGGUGAAAUGCGUAGAUGGAGUGGAUGUGGAAAGGAUGAUUCCACUGGUGGGAGAGUCUAGGACCAGUAAUAGCCUCAGAAUUUAAGGAGGCUCUUUUAGAAAAGUGAGGAGGAACUUUUUCAGUCAGAGGCUAGUUAAUCUGUGGAACUCAUUGCCACAGAGGGAUGUGGGGGCCAAGUCAGUGGAUAUUUUCAAGGCAGAGAUGGGCACAUUUUUGAUUAAAACGGGUGACAAGGAUUAUGAGGAAAAGGCAGGAAAAUGGGAUUAGGAGGCAGAGAUCAGCCAUGAAUGAAUGGCGGAGUAGACUCGAUGGGCCAAAUGGCCUAAAUCUAUCCCUAUAACUUGUGAACUUGUGAAUCGAAGUAUAUCCAACCUCUCCCUGUAGCUGAAACUCUCUAAUCCAGGCAGCAUUCUGGUAAACCCCCUCUGCACCCUAUCCACAGCCUCCACAUCUUUACUGUAACGGGGUGGCCAUAACUGCAGGCAAUACCCCAAAUGUCCAACUGCCUGACUUCCUGACUCUUAUAUUGAAUGACCCAAGCAAUGAAGGGAAACAUACCGUAUGUGUCCUUUACCACCCUAUCUACUUCUGCUGCCACCUUCAGUGAGCUAUGACCUUGGACUCCAAGAUCCCUCUGCACAUUAAUGCAGUUUAAGGAUCUUGCCAUUAACUGUAUACUUUCCUUACAUUCAACCUCUCAAAGUGCAACACCUCACACAUGCUCAGGUUAAACCUCAUCUGCCAUUUCUCUGCCCAUUUCUGUAGCUGAUCUAUAUCCCAUUGCAUCUUAGAAACAUAGAAACAUAGAAAAUAGGUGCAGGAGUAGGCCAUUCGGCCCUUCGAGCCUGCACCGCCAUUCAAUAUGAUAAUGGCUGAUCAUCCAACUCAGUAUCCUGUACCUGCUUCUCUCCAUACCCCCUGAUCCCUUUAGCCACAAGGGCCACAUCUAACUCCCUCUUAAAUAUUGCCAAUGAACUGGCCUCAACUACCUUCUGUGGCAGAGAAUUCCAGAGAUUCACCACUCUCUGUGUGAAAAAUGUUUUCCUCAUCUCGGUCCUAAAAGAUUUCCCCCUUAUCCUUAAACUGUGACCCCCUUGUUCUGGACUUCGUCAACAUCGGGAACAAUCUUCCUGCAUCUAGCCUGUCCAACCCCUUAAGAAUUUUGUAAGUUUCUAUAAGAUCCCCCCUCAAUCUUCUAAAUUCUAACGAGUACAAGCCGAGUCUAUCCAGUCUUUCUUCAUAUGUAAGUCCUGCCAUCCCAGGAAUUUGUCUGGUGAACCUUCUCUGUACUCCCUCUAUGGCAAGAAUGUCUUUCCUCAGAUUAGGAGACCAAAACUGUAUGCAAUACUCCAGGUGUGGUCUCACCAAGACCCUGUACAACUGCAGUAGAACCUCCCUGCUCCUAUACUCAAAUCCUUUUGCUAUGAAUGCUAACAUACCAUUCGCCUUCUUCACUGCCUGCUGCAACUGCAUGCCUACUUUAGCAUCUACAAACAGCCUUCCUUGCUGUCUGCAACUCCUCCAAAUUUGGUACCAUCAACAAACUUACUCACAAACCACCCGCAUUUACCUCUAGGUCAUUUUAGUUUAAUUUAGAGAUGCAGCAGGGAAACAGGUCCUUUGGCCCACUCUGUCCCAACAACCAGCGAUCCCCACACAUUAACACAACCCUACACACACUGCGGACAAUUUUACAUUUGUACCAACCCAAUUAAUGUGUACGUCUUUGGAAUGUGGGAGGAAACUUAAAAUCUUGGAGAAAACCUACGUCGGUCACAGGGAGAACAUACAAACUCCGUACAGACUAGCUCCCGUAGUCAGGAUCUAACUCAGGUCUCUGGGGCUGUAAGGCAGUAGAGCUCUACCACUACACCACCAAGCCGCCCUUAUUUAUAUGGAUCACAAACAGCAGAGGUCCCAGCACAGAUCCCUACGGAACUCCACUUGUCACAGACCUCAUGUUGGAAUAUCUACCUUCCACCACAACCCUCUGACUAGGCCAGUUCUGAAUCCAUACGACCAAGUCACUGUGAAUACCGUACAUCUGAAUCUUCUGGAUCAGCCUACCAUGAGGAACCUUAUCAAAAGCCUUACUAAAAUACAUGUAUACAACAUCUACUGCUGUACCUUCAUCAAUCUCCUUCAUCACCACCUCAAAAAACUCAUUAGUGAGACACGACCUGAGGAACAUCAGGUGGCACAAAUGAUGGCUGCCUCGCCAACGGUCCGUCUUGUCUAUUUCCUUUGGUGUUUUUAAUUUGUUGUAAAAUGUAUGUUUUAGUUUAUCUUUAGCUUUGUAUUAUGUGCCGGGGGGUGGGGGGGGGAAUGUUUUUUAUCUCUUCUCAACGGAGAUGCGAAUAUUUCCAUGUUGCAUCUCUGUCACACUGCGGCCUAACAUGGUGGAGCUGGCGGCCUCUUGCUGGAGACCGUCUUUGGGAGCUCCAACCGCAGGAGCCUGCGGACUUAUCAUCGCGGUGCUUGCGAUCGUUGUCGAGGAUCAAUCUGGGAAUCUCCAACUGCGUGGGUCUGUGGACUUUAACAUCAUGGAGCUCGCGUUCCCUAGUUAGGGGCCGACUUCGGGAGCUCCAAGUCGCAGGAACUUCGACAGCCCUGAUGUAGGAGCUUCGAUCGCCUCGUCACGGGAACUUCGACCACUGGCUAGAGCUUCAAUCGCCCCGACUGUGGAUGGUUCGACUCCCCCGACUGCAGGAGAAAAGGCGAAAAGAAGAUAAGACUUUAUUGCCUUCCAUCACAGUGGGGAAUGUGGAGGAGCCGCUGUGGUGGAUGUUUAUGCCAAAUUGUAUGUAGUUGUGUCUUGUUGCUUUUUAUUGGUAUGACUGUAUGGCAAAUCAAAUUCCUUGUAUGUUGCAAAACAUACUUGGCUAAUAAAUUAUGAUUUAUGAUUACAAAGCCAUGUUGA